AUGAAAAAGAGGAAGUGCCACUUUCGACAACAAAGUGAAGGAAUAGACAAGAGAGAAAAAAAAUUGAGAAACAGAAACAAAUUAGUUCAAAACCGCAGAGGCGAUAAACACUGUGAACGCGCGAAUGACGCGGGGAUCCACCAAACAAAGGAACAUUAUCAACAUUACCACAAUUUCCAAUGCGUCGAGAAAAGCAAAACUUAUGGGAAGGAAUCAGGAGGAAGUGAACUCCUAGUCAACCGAAGCAGGUACAAGGAAACGGAGGCAGAUAUUUUUGAACACUCACCAAACAACAGUAGUAGAGACUCCUCUGAAACUUCCAAAAUUCUCGAGUCGAACGGAUCUGAGAUAUAUGAAAGCACAAGCGAGUUCGACCUGCAGAGCACUACAUCGAAUAACACCAUCAGCGACCUAAGUGCACACACAGACGAAAGUUACAACCAGGAUGACAGAUUAGUUCAAAUAUUUGAGCGCAUCGAUUAUACAGGUAGUGUCUAUUCAGGGGGAAAUGAACACUUGCACAGAAAUUUGGCCCUCUUGGAAACGUUCAAUCUUCAUAACCAGUUUGAAGAUGAGGAGGAUGCGGAGAGAACCCUCCCAGGAAGUGCACUUAAUUGGACCUGUAGCCACGUUCCUAACAGAAAUAUUAAUCAGAAUGAUAAUGAAAAUGUUAAUCCGCAUGGUGAUUCAGUUGAUGCUCACGUCGCUAACCACGCGAUCAAGUGUGACAGACCCACCAAAGCAUCACAGGGCAUAGAAAAAGUGAUCGCGGAAAACUUCUUGUCCAAAAAAAUGCUCAUCAUACUGCCCUUCUUUAAGAAACGUAUCUUCAUAGAAGCCAUAUGGGAAUACUUCCAGUCAAAUAAAGUGAAGGAAGAAACGGAGGGGGAUAACCUGAAAGUUCAGUGCUUCGAAACUUUCUGUAAAAUCCGAGAAUGUGCUACACCCUGUACUGAUGGUCCUACAGAUGGGAACUACCCGAAUGAUGAAUUAAUCAAAAAUUACUUUUUUAACAAACUAAAUAAAAACCAAUACGAUAUAAAAAUAAAAAUGGAUUAUUACGAAGUCGAGUUUUUUUUCAUUUUCUUUUUGACUUAUUUUCGCUUUUCUCUAUACCUAGCUGGGUUUAUAAAUUCAUCUUUUUUGUAUCACUCGAACGAAGUCCACUUCAUCAUCUUUGUCCUGAACAGGUAUCAUUACUUUGUGGACCAUAUGUACGUUAAUGAUAAUUCUUUGCCUUUCACUCCUAAUGAGGUGCAAGACAUUAUGUGCACCUACAAGAAGUGCAUUAUCUCCCUUUUAGAUUAUCUCGACACUUUUUACCCGUUUCUGUUGCUCAUAAGUGAUGUUAUCCAGGAGGUUCAUACGAAAUUUAAAAAAAUUGCACACAAGGUGAAGCAGCUUGAGCACGUUCUGGAGAAAGCAGACCCCACUGACAGAACCCACCCGAGUAAUAAUAUCGACCCUAAUAUUAUGACCCCACAAACUAUCAAAAAAAUCAACGCUGUUAAAAAAAUUAGCAAAAUAAAGAGAAACUUCUUCAAACGGAAUGGUGAUGCUUUUGCUAUGCUGAUUAGAGCACGCCUUGGCAGUUAUUGGAUUGAUAGGGGUGAAACUUGCGUAAGUACUGUCAUCUUAGAUGAGCCGUUUCCAGACAACGACAAUUCGAGUGGCCACUCCCUGUAUGGUGAAAAUUUGGACGAGCAGAUCGUCCAAAUGAUUCGCAACACCAGAUCUAACAUGUUGGUAAAGCAUACCAUCUUCCGCACGGUGGUGAAGCUAAACCAAAUUCUGAACUCCCUCGAAAUGGCUAUCACCCUCGCAGAUGCAAACGAAACAUGCGCACAACAUAUCAUAUCCAUGUCUACGCUACUCACACUCAAAGCCUUAAAAGAAAUGAAAAAAAAAGACAAGUGGAUUAAACUCCUAAAGCAUAAUUAUUUCUAUAUAGAAAAAAGUUACUACUACUUUAAAGAAUUACAUGAAAAAAAAAUCAUCUACUAUCAAAUACAAAAUUUGUUCCGGUCCAUUCUAAAUAUUAAAAUAAAUGUCGUGUACAAUCCCUUCAUACAUUACUUCUCCAUUGAAGAUGUUAAAAAUGAAAAUGCACACACUAUCUUUGACUACAUAAAGGACAUGCGCCAGAAAAAUUACUUAGUAACUCUCUUCGUGUUCAAUAGGUUAAUUUACAAGCUACAAUUUGAUGUUGCUACGUAUGGGCUCCUUUUCUCAAUUUAUAGCUCCUUGAAAUUUCUAUUUUUCGAAAAAUCGUCCAUUCAUUUAAUAACAAAAAAUAAAAUCAUGAAAAAUAAAUUUAUGUACCUAUUCAACGAUAUCAUAAGUUCUGGAAAUUUUAAAACGUAUGAACAUAUCCCUGAUCCUUCCAGAAAUAUUAUAAAGGACACAUUUUUUUUUCAAGAAAAUUCAAUUGUCACGACUGUACUGUCAACUGCCAUGAGGGAAGUAACUCGGAUGAGAUUCACUGGACAGAUUGUCACGAAUGCUUCUCUUUUUUAUCGCUAUAAGAGAUUGCUAAAUUAUGAGGUACGCAGACAGAUCCUAAUGAACGAUGCUAUUCACAUGCUUGAACGAAACUAUGUGAUCCGUGAAAUUGAAAAAAAUUUAGGGCAAAUGGAAAAUAAACUCUAA